GGCAUUUUGGUAAUUUUACUUUAGUAAUUAGUUGCAAAGACCCCUUCUAAGACAAAAGGAAAAGAAAAGGAAAGAAACCCUCCACUGCAUCAAGGUUAGGACUUGUCUGCCAGUCCACCUAAACAUAACUUGGCUUCCAAGCAAUCCUAAUUCUUUAAGUCUACAAAAUACCAUUUUCUUCAACCUUACCAAAUAAAAUAUCAACCACGAAAUACCAAUAAAGUCUCCAUCUUUUUGUCUCUAUUGUCUAUAUAUAUUAAGAGUCUUAGAGGUACUUCUUGAUGAAGAAUUAGGGUUUCAUAGAAGAUAAAGUCAGUAAAGGCGGAUUCGAUUCUUUUCCGACGUCAAGAAACAAUAUCAGGUUCGCGUAUCGCCCUCUUUGCGUAUUAUAAAAAGAUUAAAAGAGGAACACACCCUCAAGAAGCUAGAGUUGGUUGAUCACAAUGAUUCUUUAAAAGAGAGAGAAUUUACUUUUGUUUGGCUCUUUAAUUUUUAUGUACUCCAACUAUUUAGUUAUCUUUCUUUAUUGAGAAUAUAUGAAAUCUUUAUUUUCUAGUUGCUUUACUUUGAGGAUACACAAAUUACCCAACUUGGAAUGAGCAUGAAAUCAGCCAAAAACAAUAAAAAUGACUUGGUCUAAAGAUGAAAGCAAUACCCUCCAAAACCUCUCAACUUCUUCAAGAAAUAUUGUCACAAGUUCAUGCCCUUCUUGUGGACAUACCAUACAACUUCAAGCUAAGGAGUUGAUUCAUGAUUUGCCCGGAUUACCAGCCGGAGUGAAGUUCCACCCGACUGAUCAAGAAAUUAUUGAGCAUUUAAAGGCUAAGGUUGGAUGUGAUACUAAUGAGCUUCAUCCCCUUAUUGAUGAAUUCAUUCCUACAAUUGAAGGUGAAACCGGGAUUUGUUAUACUCAUCCUGAAAAAUUACCAGGAGUUAGCAAUGACGGACAAAUUCGCCACUUCUUUCACCGUCCUUCAAAGGCUUACACAACAGGCACACGUAAGAGACGAAAGGUCCACAUGGACGCCGAGAGGGGGGAAACAAGAUGGCACAAAACAGGCAAGACUAGGCCUGUCUUGAUCUCGGGUUCAAUCGAAGGGUACAAAAAGAUACUUGUGCUCUACACAAACUACGGUAGGCAAAAGAAACCGGAGAAAACAAAUUGGGUGAUGCACCAAUAUCACCUUGGCAACAAGGAAGAGGAAAAAGACGGGGAGAUCAUUCUCUCGAAAGUGUUUUAUCAAACACAACCGAGAAAUUGUGCCUCGGGCAUUAAAGAAUCAUCGUCGCUUAACAAUAAAAGUGACACUAAGAACACAAGUUUCAUUCAACAUUAUAGUGUUGAUUGUCCUUUUAUUUCAUAUGACAUUGAUCAAAGACAGGUCAAUAGGGGUGUACCAUCUCAUGUAACACCAAAUUUUGUUUUACAAGAGGAUACGUCACCGUUUGGUCAUCUACCAACCGGAUCAAGCAAAGAAUAAGGGAGAUAUUUUGUGUAACAAAAUGUUGAUUCUCAUGUAGUAUAUAUUCAAGUUACGAUAAUUCUUAUAAAUCCUUUCAUAUUCUGAAUAAUGUUAUGUUUUAUAGUAUGCGCGUUGUAAUAUCAAAAUUGUUUUUGAAUUAUGUGAGAGAUGCAAUGAUGGUUUUUAGUCAA